AACUCAGACCUAGUCAAUUACUGGCUAGGGAGUUCAGAAAGGAAACUUCUGCAAUUAUGAAUUCUCUUUGAUUUAUCAUUUCAUCUAAAUGGAUGUCAUGUACACGUGAAUUUUUGUAAAAUAGAUUGUCAUUUGCUACAUUUAAUUACUGUAGUAUUGUCUGAACAAAUUAUUUGAAAGUAAUUUGUUCUUUAACUAUGAUUGAACUUAAAUCUGUGAAUUUUGAAGUCUUCGGUAAAGUACAAGGGGUAUUCUUUAGAAAGUACACACAAGAAAAUGCAAAUAAACUUGGACUUAACGGAUUUGUCCAAAAUACUUCACGUGGCACCGUAAUUGGGGUUUUGGAAGGGGAAUCGUCUGCAAUUGAAAACAUGAAAAGUUGGUUGAAAAAUACUGGAAGUCCAAUGUCAUUAAUUGAAAACGUAUCUUUCACAAAUGAGAAGACUAUUCAAAAAUCAUCCUACAAUGGAUUUAAUAUUAUAAGGGAUUAAAACUAGUUCUGGUUCAUAUUAGCGCAUCUUCUCCUUCUGAAAAUGUGUUUUAAUGUAAUUUCAUUUUUUCAGAUAAAGUUAUUAAUAUUUGAUUGAUUUAUUUUAAAUAUAUUAUUUUAAUGUAAAAAUGCAAGCUGAUUAAAGUUCCUUUUCUUGGCAUUAUUUCAAGGACUUAUACUUUAUUUGAUUUGAGCAAAAUUCUAAAUUGAUGUAUCUUUGGACAAAUAGAAAAUUCCAAAUUGACUGGAAAUUGUCAGUUCACAUCUUUGACAAUCUUAAAAAGAUCACUAUAUAGCUGAUGUAAAUAAUUGCUUUCAUCUUGAUGAGAUUGUAUCCCCUGCUUUGUUAAUUAAUCAAUUAGUUAACUUCAAGAGUUGAUAAUUUGGAAUAAAAAAAAGUUCAAGUUCAAUUAAUUUUAUUU